UCUUGCAGUGCAGACGCGCUUCACACAGCAAAAGCAAAAGAAGGAAAUACACAUAUCCUACAGCAUGUUCGCUCAGACUCUUUGUGUGCUUGGCCUGGUGCUGGCUGUGACGGUGGCUCUGCCCAUUGAUUCGUAUGGUCCGUCGCUGAUUUCGGCUCCAGCUAUUUCGUAUGCGGCUCCCAAGCUGCUGGCGGCUCCAGCUGUUUCCUAUGCAGCGGCUCCAGCUAUUUCGUAUGCAGCGGCUCCUGCUAUUUCUUACGCAGCACCCAAGCUCCUGGCCGCACCCACUCUCGUGCAGCACGCAGCACCUGCUUUGGCUGUGGCCAAGGUAGCAGUCGCCGAGCCCUACGACCCCAAUCCUCAGUACAGCUUCUCGUACGGAGUCACGGAUCACCACACUGGCGACUCCAAGCAGCAGGAGGAGUCGCUGGUCAACGGCGUUGUGCACGGCAGCUACGCCCUGGCCGAGCCCGAUGGCACCAUUCGCAAGGUUACCUACACAGCUGACAAGAUCAACGGAUUCAACGCUGUCGUCGAGAAGAAGGGCGUGCCAGUGGUGGCCAAGCCCGCAGUGGCCGUUGCCGCCGUUCCGACCAUCACUAAGCUGGCGGUGCCCGCCAUCACGAAGAUUGGAUAUGCUGCACCGGCGUACGCUGCGUCUGGCUAUGGUGGACAUUACUAGAUAGCCACCGUGCCCGGAGUUCCGAAGACGACCUCAGACCGUUGUUGAAUAGUUCUAGUUUUGCUU